UGUCUUUUGUGCAAUUCUCUUCUCUUCCUUUACGUUACUAAAAAACGAACAAAACACGCUGUUAGUGUUCGUGUUUCACCGUUGUACAAUAUUUUGCAUAACAAUUAAAAAGUUAUAUAGACAAAUAUAAAAGACUAAACAAAGGAAAACUCCCAAAAUGAAAAUGUCAAAAAUAUCUUCCAGCAGAGUUGCAGGUUGGAGCUCCUAAUUGGCAUUACCACAAAAGUACCUUAAUAAGUUUUAGGUUAAACAAAUUGCAUACCACAAAUGUUACAAGAAAAAUAAUGGGCAUUAACAUUUUCCGGGACAAACACUUCUUUUAGGGCCAUUAAUUAUUUAGCAUUUCAUGCAAGGUUACAAAAACUAUUAACCAAUAAUAGAGAUAAAUUGAAUACAUAAACAUGUACCAUUUUAUGAUUUUCAAAUGAAAUAAAUAACAUAUAAAAAAAGAAAUUCCAAAAAUAUAUAUUAGUUCAUAUUUGUUAUAUAUCAUGGGAGGAACAGAAGAGGAGGUUAAGCAAAAGCACAAGGAUGGGGAGGGAAAAGAAGGUGACAAAGGAGAAGAGAAAGUUAAGGACAAGAAGAAGAAAGACAAAGAAAAGGGUGAAGGAGGUGAUAAUAAAGAAGACAAAGAAAAGAGUGGUGGAAAAGAGAAGAAGAAGAAAAACCCUGAAGAUAAGAAUGAUCCAUCAAAACUCAAGCAAAAGUUGGAGAAAAUUGAGAUUAAGAUGCGUGAUUUGGCAAUCAAGAAAGAAGAGAUCUUGAAAUCCAUUGAAGAAGCUGAAAAAACUGCAGCUACUAACCCAAAUAAGGAAGCUGAAUCUAUUGUUAAACAAGAAUAAGUUCAAAUGAGUUACUUCAAAACCCACAAGUUUAAUUCAUUCAUCAAAAUCUCCCUAUUAGCCAUUAGACAAAGGGUGAGUUGUAUAUUUAGUCACAAGACUUAGACAGUACUUGUAGCAAUUUAUUGAUGUACUGUACAUAAUUUUUUAGUGACAAUUAAUCAAUUAUGAUACCAUACAAAUUCU